UCCAAGACAAGAGCUUCCAAACUUGUCAUCCCUCCGUGACACAGCCCAGCGGAUAAAACCGCCACCGAGCCCGCACCAGAGGCAGAGCUCGUUGAGCGCGGUUGGAGGCGAGGCCAUGGAUUCCGUCGUCCUCCAGCUCUGGGCUGUCCUCUCCCUCCUGGUUCACCUUGCAGCCUGCAGUCCCAUCCUCAGCUUGGAGCACUCUUCCCUGGAGGAAGACGUGCCUCUUUUUGAUGAGAUCCUCUCCGAGCAAGAUGGGGUUGAUUUCAACACGCUGCUCCAGAACAUGAAAAAUGAGUUUUUGAAGACGUUGAACCUCUCCGACAUCCCCCUGCACGAGUCGGCCAAGGUGGACCCGCCAGAGUACAUGCUAGAGCUCUACAACAGGUUUGCCACAGACAGGACAUCGAUGCCUUCUGCAAACAUCAUCAGGAGCUUCAAAAAUGAAGACUUGGAUUCCCACCCUACAGGCGUGACAGGAACUCGGAGGUACCCGCUGCUGUUCAACGUUUCCAUCCCUCACCACGAGGAGAUCACCAUGGCAGAGCUGAGGCUCUACACCCUGGUGGAGCGGGACCAGAGGCUCUACGAAGGGCUCGACAGGAAGGUCACCAUCUUCGAAGUGCUGGAGAACGUCCACCUGGGGGCUGGGGAAGAGAGGAAGAUGGUGGCCCUGGCCUCGAGGCACAUCUACGGCACCAGCAGCGAGUGGGAGAGCUUCGAGGUGACCGAGGCCAUCCGGCGCUGGCGCAGGGCAGGGCUGACCACGCACAGGCUGGAGGUUCACAUCGAGAGCAGCGAAGGGGAGGAGCAGAACGGGGAAGGGAAACUCGACAUCGACAUCAACUCCGAGGCCAAGCACCUGCCCCUGCUGGUCGUGUACUCUGACGACCAAAGCAACGACAAAAAGGAGGAGAAGGAAGAGCUGAACGAGAUGAUAGACCACGAGCAGUUCCUGGGCCUGGAGAACCUGGAGGUUGGCAACUUCCACGACCAGCCCGGCGAGGAGGCGCUGCUCCAGAUGCGCUCCAACAUCAUCUACGACUCCACCGCCCGCAUCCGGAGGAACGCCAAAGGCAACUACUGCAAAAAGACUCCUCUCUACAUCGACUUCAAGGAGAUUGGCUGGGACUCCUGGAUCAUCGCCCCGGCGGGCUACGAAGCGUACGAGUGCCACGGGGUGUGCGCCUACCCCCUGACAGAGCACGUCACGCCGACCAAGCACGCCAUAGUCAAGACUUUGGUUCACCUGAAGAACCCCCAGAAAGCCUCCAAGGCCUGCUGUGUGCCCACCAAACUCGACCCCAUCUCUAUCCUCUACUUGGAUGCAGGGGUGGUCACCUACAAGUUCAAGUACGAGGGCAUGGUGGUGUCAGAGUGUGGCUGCAGAUAG